AUGGACUCCCCACCCCCCACGCCCUUCGCCCCGCCCAAGGAAAAGCACGACUCCAAACACUACAACGACUCCAACGGCCGCACCGACUCCAACGGCCACACCGACUCCAACGGCCCCAACACCCCCACCCCCACCCCCAACGGCACCACCCCCAACGGCAUUGCCCCCAACGGCACCACCCCCAACGGCAUCACCCCCAUCACCCCCCCCAUCCUCCCCACCCCCGAGCCAGCAUACUACUCCCUCAUCCCCACCGGCUACGACCGCUACACCGCCGGCCUCUACCCAACAACCCUCCUCUUCGGCUCCCUCUACAGCAUCCUCUCCCCCGACCCCGCCUCAACACACUCCUACUUCUCGCACAAGUCCAACCUCCUCAACACCCUCUUCGUCAAGAACGGCUGGCUCUGGACCACCAUCGUCUUCGCCCUCCACCUGUCACGCCUGCGCCUCUCCACGCGCCCGCAGGCGCUCCUGCAGGCGUUCCUGCGCUACACGCUGGCCACACUAUGGUGGAUCGCCGUCACGCAGUGGUUCUUCGGCGCGCCCAUCAUGGACCGUACCUUCACGAUCACGGGCGGGGCGUGUCGCGCGGUGCUGCACGACCCCGCCGCGGCGAGCGAGGUGCUGGGCGAGACGGCGGUGGCCGCAACGAGCGCGGCGUGUAAGCUGGCCGGCGGCCGGUGGGGCGGCGGCCAUGAUCUGAGCGGGCAUACGUUUCUGCUGACGCAUGCGAGUUUGUUUCUGUGGAGUGAGGUGAUGCCGGUGCUGGAGGGGGUGGGCGGGUGGCGGGGGUGGAGGACGGGCGCGGUGGUGGGGUUGCUGGCGGUGUGGUGGUGGAUGUUGUUGAUGACGGGGGUGUAUUUUCAUACGUGGAGGGAGAAGUUGACGGGAUGGAUCGUGUCGAUGGUGCAGUGGAGCAUCGUAUAUGUUUGGGCGCUCAAGACUCAGCCGCAGAUUAGAGAUGUUGUUGGGGUGCCGGGCGUUUGA